CCAUGCAUUGAUUUAUAUUGAAUAUUUAGAAAGGUACAGUAUAUAUUGUAUCUUACCAGGAAAUCUAGAAUCACAUUUGCUGGACUGUAUUGUGAUAUCCUUCACGAUUGUAUGAUGACAUACUGAAAAUGCAGCUCAUUACUAAUCCUGCCCCAAUAUGUCUCUGUAUCUAAUUUAUGUGGAUACUUGUGGAUACUUAAAAAAAAAAAAAUUAUGUGGAUACUCUGAAAUGUGCAUACUUUUUUCAAUGGCUUUUGUUAUUUGGGCAGGGCCUCAAAUAAUCUUCUGGGCUACAGCACAAUAAAAGCUUUGUGAACUCCUACAUAAUAUGAACAAGAAGUGUGAAUGUAUUAGAUACAUGGCAACCAUAAUACAUGGUUCAGCUGAGAGAGUCCUGUCAUGUGAAGGGUUAAUUCAGCCAUGUACUGUACCUUUAAGAGCAGCUGCAUUUCAGCUUAGCAGUAAGGGACCAGGACAAGCCAUGGUAAUGUCACCUUCUAAAAUGAGACUCGACUAGAGAACUUUGUGCUUUAGCAUGAAAAAAUCCCCUCACAAAUCUCUCUACACAGCCUAAUGGAGUACAAAAUAAAUUGUCUUUGACUUGCUGUUCUUCUGAAGACAGAGACCCAGACAUGGCUUCCGCCAGCAGCCUGCUGUCCGAGGAUCAGUUCCUGUGCCCCAUCUGUCUAGACGUGUUCACCAGCCCAAUCACCACCCCGUGUGGACACAACUUCUGCAAGGACUGCAUACAUGGCUACUGGCAUAUCACCAGCCCGUGCCAGUGUCCCAUGUGUAAGCAGAAAUUCAGCAGAAGACCUGAGCUCAAAGUCAAUACUUUCAUAGCUGAGAUGGCCGAUCAGUUCAGAAGGUCAGUUGAAAUUAGGGCUACUGCUACUAGUACACAGUACCAACCCCAAGCAGCCCAACCUGGAGAAGUGCCCUGUGACGUCUGCACUGGGAGGAAAAUCAAGGCCUUGAAGUCCUGCCUGGAGUGUCUGGCCUCUUACUGUGAGACUCACCUAGAUCCUCACCAUAUACUGGCCACCUUCAAGAAACACAAUCUGAUUGAGCCUGUGAUUAACAUAGAGCACAGAGUGUGUAAGCGGCACCACAGAAUUGUGGAGCUGUUCUGUAGAAGUGACCAGACGUACAUGUGUCAGGUUUGCACUGAGAAAAGACAUAAGAAACACAAUGUUGUCCCUUUGGAGGAAGAAAGCAGAGAGAGGAGGGCUCAGCUGGGGAAUAUGGAAGAUGUAAUGCAGCAGAUGAUUCAGGGUCGACUGCAGAAAGUGAAGGAGAUCAAACACACAGUACAAUCAGGCAAAAUAAAUGCAGAGAGAGAGAUUAGGGAGAGCUUGCAGGUCUUCACUGCUCUGGUGCGCUCCAUUCAGAGAAGCCAGGCUGAGCUCAUUGAGGUGAUUGAAGAGAAGCAGAAGGCAGCAGAGAGUCGGGCUGAAGGGCUCAUUAAAGAGCUGGAGCAGGAAAUCACAGAGCUAAAGAGGAGAAGCACUGGUGUGAAGCAGCUCUCACUCACUGAGGACCACCUCCACCUCAUCCAUAGCUUCCCAUUCCUGUGCACCCCUCCACCCGCCAAGGACUGGUCCGACAUCAGAGUUCAAAGUGUUGUGUACGUAGGAACAGUGAGGAGAGCUGUGAGGAGAGCUGGAUCCCAGUUUGAUGAGACACUGAAGAAUGAAGUGAAAAGAUUAUGUGAAACAGAACUUACAAGAACUCAGCAAUGUGCCGUGGAUGUGACGCUUGACCCUGAUACAGCUCACCCUAAACUUAUCCUCUCUGACAACGGUAAACAAGUGGCCCACGGCAAUACAGCGCUGAACCUCCCUGACAACCCCGAGAGGUUUUACCCUGGUAUCAGUGUCCUGGGGAGGGAGGGCUUCUCCUCAGGGAGGUUCUACUAUGAGGUGCAGGUGAAGGGGAAGACAGAGUGGGACAUAGGAGUGGGGAAAGAAUCUGUCAACAAGAAAGGAGGGAAUACCCUAAACCCUGAACAUGGCUACUGGACAGUAGGUCUGAGGAACAGGACUGAAUACUGGGCUCUGACGACCCCUCCUGUCCCCCUGCCACUGGUCGAUAAGCCCCAGAGGGUGGGGGUGUACGUGGACUGGGACGGGGGGCAGGUGUCCUUUUACGAUGUGGAUUCCAGAUCUCAUAUCUACUCGUUCACCGGUUACAUCUUCGCAGAGAGACUCUAUGCAUACUUCAACCCCCGAAAGAAUAACGGUGGGGUCAACUCAGCGCCGUUGGUGAUCUCUCCUGUCAGUGACGUAACCUCCUCACCUUAACCGUUCACCUAUCACCUCUUCUUAGAAUAGGACACUGAGUGUUGUGUCAGUUUUAUUUGUUAAAGAAGCUUGUGCCACAAUAUAUUUUCUCUAUCUCUUGUAUUGUGUGGUGGAUUUAAUAAAGAUAUAAUUCAUAUUAAUAAAGGUUCAUAAAAGUC